AAUUGUGUCAGCCGGCAUCCUAUAUAUCUAUCGGCGCAGAGCUCUGCAUUGUCGCCGCGAAACUACCGAGAAUAUUUUGUUCGCAGAGUUAUUUUAAUAAUAAUUAAAAAUCAAAUUUUAUUGUUUUAAAAUAAAAAUUUUCAAAUUUUUAACCAAUAAAAAUGUCCUUGAUUUGUGCAAUUACAAAUGAGGUGCCCGAUACUCCUGUUAUAUCUCCACAUUCGGGUGCUAUUUUCGAGAAACGAAUAAUAGAAAAGUAUAUAUUAGAAAAUGGUGUUGAUCCCAUUACCGGCAAAGAAAUGAAAGCGGAAGAAUUAAUUGAAGUGAAAACACCACCAAUUGUAAAACCGAAGCCUCCUACCGCUACAAGCAUUCCCGCUACAUUGAAAACAUUACAAGACGAAUGGGACGCUUUAAUGUUGCACUCGUUUACGCAGAGGCAGCAGUUGCAAACAACACGCCAGGAGUUGUCGCACGCUCUUUAUCAACAUGAUGCUGCUUGUCGUGUAAUAGCGCGUCUUAACAAAGAGGUGGCAGCUGCGCGAGAAGCGUUAGCUACAUUGAAACCUCAGGUUGGCAUAGGGGCAACUAUUGCUCCAACGUCCAUUCCACAGCCUGCAAUCGCUUCGGAAGCAGCCGGUCUUGCAGCACAGCCUAUUGAACAGGCUGGAAUGAGUGCAGAAAUUAUUCAAAAGCUUCAGGAUAAGGCCACUGUUCUUACACAGGAAAGAAAAAAACGUGGUCGCACUGUACCAGAAGAAUUAGUAACUCAAGAUCAAAUCAAGACAUUUCUUACUGUGGCUUCACAUCCAGGCUUGCAUUCAGCUUCUAUACCAGGUAUAUUAGCAUUGGAUAUCAACAGUGCAGAUCACAGCAAAAUUUUGACGGGUGGUAAUGACAAGAAUGCCACUGUAUUUAACAAGGACACGGAACAAGUUGUUGCCAUACUCAAGGGUCAUACAAAAAAAAUUACCAAAGUUAUAUAUCACCCUGACGAGGAUACUGUUAUUACGGGAUCUCCUGAUAUGUCUAUUCGCAUUUGGAACGUACCAACUUCCCAGACACAAUUGCUAUUACGCUGUCACGAUGGUCCAAUAACUGGAUUAUCUUUACAUCCAACGGGUGAUUACGUUCUUUCCACUUCUUCGGACAAACACUGGUCAUUUUCUGAUAUUCGUACUGGUCGUUUACUAACAAAGGUUAUUGACACAGCAGAGGUUGGUUUAACCACAGCUCAGUUUCACCCAGAUGGUUUAAUUUUUGGUACCGGCACUGAUGAUUCACAAGUGAAAAUUUGGGAUCUUAAGGAACAAAGUAAUGUUGCAAACUUUCCAGGACAUACAGGUCCUAUAUCAGCAAUUUCAUUUUCUGAGAAUGGUUAUUACCUUGCUACAGCAGCCGAUGAUGCUUGCGUCAAAUUGUGGGAUUUGCGUAAACUUAAAAAUUUUAAAACAAUACAACUAGACGAUACUUAUGAAGUAAAAGAUUUAUGUUUUGAUCAAAGUGGAACAUAUUUAGCAAUAGCAGGCACUGAUGUCAGAGUCUAUAUGUGCAAACAAUGGCAAGACUUAAAAGUGUUUAAUGAUCAUACUGCUCUGGCAACUGGAGUACGUUUUGGCAAAAACGCUCAAUAUAUUGCAUCGACAAGUAUGGACAGAACUCUAAAAUUAUAUUCAAUUGAUUAAAUUUUCCAAUCUGGUAUUUUAUUUUAACUUUAAGGAAUUAUUUUGUAUUGAAAAAGACAUUUUUGUCUUUCAGUGUGUUUGAUUAUUUUAUACAUUUUUGGUAAAUAAAGAGAAAUACAAAUACGUA